AUGUGUGCUUAUAGACAAACUCAUCGUUCUAAUCACACACGCAUUCAUUCUUCAUUCAAUUAUCGCAAUCAUCAACAACAACAACGUUAUAAUCAGCGUAAUCAACAAAGUCAUCAACAACGAGGCUAUAAUCAGCAUAAUCAACAAAUUCAUCAUCAACAGCAACGAGGCUAUAAUCCGCGCCCUGAUAAUCAGCCUUCUAGACGACAUAAUCACAAUGAUGAUAAUAAUUCACACGAAAAUCAUCAGUCCUCUGCUGAACCUGAAUACUCUCCAGGUAUACCAUCAAUUAGUCCGUACUCACACAUUGAUGAUGUAUUUGAAUCUGAAUACUCUUCAGGUAUACCAUCAAUUAGUCCGUACUCACAAAUUGAUGAUGUAUUUGGGACUCUACCAAUUGAGUUCAAUCGGAUUAGUGGAGAAUUGUUUCAUGAUGUCCACAACUUGUUUCAUCGAUUAAAUAGUGAGUUUCUUGCUCUAUAUGAUGAUGAUGAUGAUGUGUUGAAGCAUUUGAAAACAAGAACUCAUCAUGUUGUUGCUAAAGAUGAAAUCGAUACCGAACUAGCUGAGGUAGAAUCAAAUAUUUGUUCUAUAUGCCUAUCUGUAUACGAAAACGAAGAGAAUAUUGGAGCGUUGCAAUGUGGACACGAAUAUCAUACAGAUUGCAUCAAACCAUGGCUGUUAAAGAAGAAUGAUUGUCCGCUGUGUAGAGGUUCAGUUUUGUAA